CAACCCCCAGGACCUCAGAAUAUGACUGUAUUUGGGAAUAGGGUCAUUGCCGGCGAGUUAAAAUGAGGUUAUACUGCAGUCGGUGGGUCCCUGAUGCAAUGACUGGGGUCCAAUGACAUGGAGCAUCAUGUGAUGAGAGGCUGCGAGUGUGGCACUGUGGCCACCAUCCAGGGACCACCGAGGCCGGCCGGCAGCCAAUAGAACCAGGGCGAGGCGAGGAAGGGUGCCCCCCACAAGCUUCAGGAGCGCGCCCUGCCUACACGGUUUCGACGCUGACCUCCAGAACUGUGUGCCCAUAAUGUCUGUGUUCUAAGCUGCCCGUUCGUGACAGGGCAGCCCCAGGAGUAACUCGUCCGCGGCGGAGCAGCACAUCACGCUGGCAUCGAGGAUUGAGGCCGUGGAGAGUGUGACCCUGAAUAAGGGCAGGGCUGCCUGCGGAGGGGGACCAAGCUUGGCCCUCAGGUGGCGGUGGUGACAAUGUGGCCAUUUAUUCCAGGAAGAAACUUUCACUAGUUUCUAGAAAGGCAUCUUGAGGAGGGAGUGAGGUGUGGAUGGGAGCCUCCCAGGGGCAUCCCCUCCCAGGCCACUGAGGAAGCCAAAGCUGUGGGGUGGGAGGAGGUGGGCAGCAGGGGCAGGGCUUUCCUACUGGUCUCCCUCCACAGGCAGGGCUGGGGGCACAAAUCAGAGACAGGAGAUCCCAAACCUUGCCUUGGGGGCCUAUGGGAGGCAACCAGACCCAGGCACAGUGAGUAGGGGCAGCGGUUGCCAGGAGACAGAGCUAGGCUGCCAGGGAGUGCCUCAGGGGCCUUGAGGUCCGACUUACCCUACUGCCUGCAGGUGGCAACUGCCUUCCGGCCGGUGAGACCACCGUACUGCUUCCCGCUGCUGGGCUGCAGACCCCCCUGAGCAGCCCUGUUCUUUCCCAAUGGGGCCCAGCCAGCCCCCACGACCCAAUGUGGGGGCUCUGCUCUGGCCUGCUGUGUCCCACCUGAGAGUUCUGGAGGCACAGGGAGUCCUGCCAGGUUCCAACCCAGGUCACCGGGCGUCCUACCCCACAGCAGCCCCAGCAGUGCGCAGCGAAAACCAUUAUCUGGAUCAUCUUUAUGGGGCUUAGGCUUGGGUGGGAGCAGAUGGGUGUGAGCUGGGGAUUUGGGUUGGGUACCCACUGCCCUGUCUGCCUUUUAAAAAGCCUUUCCUGGCCCGGGGCUGGGCCAGAGGCCAGCAGAGAACGGACGGGGUCCAGGAAGCAGGAGCAAAGAUGGACGGGGAAGAGGUGGAUGGGGGUUCAGCGCCCUGUGUCAAGGCGGGCUCUCCAGACCAAGAAGGCUUCUUCAACCUGCUGACCCAUGUGCAGGGCGACCGAAUGGAGGAGCAGCGCUGCUCGCUGCAGGCAGAGCCAGGCACCACCUCCAAGAGCCAGAGUGGCCCCACGCCGGAGAUGGACAGUCUCAUAGACAUGCUGGCCAGCACCCAGGGUCGCCGCAUGGAUGACCAGCGUGUGACAGUCAGCGCCCUGCCUGGUUUCCAGCCUGUGGGCCCCAAGGACGGAGCGCAGAAACGAGCUGGGACCCUGAGCCCCCAACCCUUCCUCACCCCUCCGGACCCUUCUGCUCUCAGCUUCCGUCGGAACAGCAGCCCCCAGCCCCAGACACAAGCCCCGUGAGGGCCUGAGCCAUCUUGCACCCCACUCGUGCCCCCCAAAAGCAGACAAUAAAACACUUGCAGGAGAAA